AUGAGGCUGCGCAUGGAGCCGGCGGCGGCCGUGCCGGGCAACCUCUCCCGCGGCGGCGGCAACGAGAGCGGCGGGGCGGCGGCGGCGGGGGCAGCGGGGUGGUCGGCGGCGGCGCUGGCCUCGCAAGCGGCCGCGCUGCUGCUCAUCUUCGCCCUCUCGGCGCUGGGCAACGGGGCGGUGGUGCUGGUGAUCGCCCGGCACCGGCAGCUCCGCACGGUCACCAACGCCUUCGUGCUGUCGCUGUCGCUGUCGGAGCUGCUGGGCGCCCUGCUCUGCCUGCCGCUGGCCUUCCUCAGCCUGCUCAGCCGCCCGCCCGGCGCUUGGCUCUUCGGGCAGCGCCUGUGCCUGGCCAGCGCCGCCCUCCACGCCGGGCUGGGCAUCGCCGCCACGCUCACCAUGGCCCUGCUCUCCUUCGACCGCUACUGUGCCAUCGUCCGCCAGCCGCGGCACAAGAUGGGCCGGCGCCGCGCCGCGCAGCUGCUGGCCGCGGUGUGGCUGGCCGCCCUGGCGCUGGCCGGGCCCUGGUACGGGCUGGCGGGCGAGGGGCGGCGCGAAGCCCGGCCCGGCGCCUACCGCUGCGUCUACGUGCUGCCCUGGGGCUCCUCGCGGCUCGGGCCGCCCUACGGCGCCGCCCUCAUCGUGCUCUGCUACCUCCUGCCCUUCGCCGUCAUGUGCUUCUGCCACUUCAACAUCUGCCGGGCGGUGCGGCUGGCCGAGAGCCGCGUGCGGCCGCUCACCACCUACGGGCACCUGCUGCGCGCCUACGGGGAGAUGCGCACGGCCACCACCGUCCUCAUCAUGAUCGUCUCCAUCAUCUGCUGCUGGGGGCCCUACUGCAUCCUGGGGCUGGCCGCCGCCGCCGGCCGCCUGCCCUUCUCGCCCACCAUGGACGCCGUGGCCAGCGGGAUGGCCUGGGCCAACGGCGCCAUCAACCCCCUCAUCUACGCCGCCCGUAACCCCAACAUCUCGGUGCUGCUGCGGCGCAGCCGGGAGGGCGGCUACAGGACUAGGAACAACAUGGUCGCCUACCUGUCGGUGCCGGGCCGCCGGCCGGAGCCCCGGAGCCGGGCUGAGCGGGUCCGGGAACGCUACAUCAAUCGGCACAGCGGCCCCCCGGGCAGCGCCCUGUCCUCCUCCAGCCCGGCCAGCGGGGGGGAGGUGGCCAUGUGGGCCUGCAAGACUCCCGCUGUGCUCUUCUGUCGCGACGGGCAGCCGGACACUGUCUCUGAGGCCACCCUGAAGGCCAAAGCAGGCGCCAUCGACACCAGCCUUUGAAGGGAUGGGGGGCCGGGAUGGAGGCAUCUGGCCCCGGGGCUGCCUCCCUGGAGAAAGUCCUGGUGCUUGGAGCCCUUUGCAGCCGGAUUACCGGGGAACUGUGAUGGGACUGUGUUUCUUCUCCACUGUGUGAGCCCUGGUUUGGUGACCCCAUGUGCGGGCAGCAAGAGCUCCACAGGGGAGGGAAAUCCCCCUUCCUUUUCAGCAGGCCCGAUGGAUGCGUCAGUGACAGCCACCGAGCCCAGCCACCGCAGGAGCUCAGCUGCGAGAACAGGACAGUGUUUGCUCCAGACCUGCAGAAAGUGCCACUGUGCCAAGCUGCCAGGCUGACACACCAAAGCAGCCCAAACUGUCUGAAUGACUCUGUGAGCUGCUUGUUAAGUGCCAAAAAAAGCAACUGAAAGCUGAGCACUGACAGCUGGAAGCCACUCUGAAAACACCACACUGUGAAAAACCGCAUCAUGGCAGGAAAAUGUUGCUUUUAUCUGUUAUAUGUGGAAGUGCCAACAGUCAUAAAGUCACAGACUGUAGGACAGGCUGAAAAAAUGAUCUGGUUUUUGUUGGUUUUUUUUUUUUUUAAUUUAAACACUGAAUCAUAACAAGAAAAGUAAUUGUGAAAGGGAAGAUGUAUGAUACUGGGAGGGAAGGAAAGGAAGGUAAUACCUCAGGUGUCAGAAUUUCAGCAGCCUUUUCUCUUUUUUUGAGAGUACAGUCAACUUAAAAUACUAUGAAUAUGAGAAACAUGAGUUCCUCAGACAGACUGAAAAGGGUGUGGGCGUAAACUGUGGUGUGCACAAGAUGUAUGUUUUCUUUUUGAGCUCAUCCAAAGUGUCUCUCAUCUCCAAGGGUUUUACCAUAAUUAGAGGAGCUGUGUGAGAGAAGUGUCUGAAAGGAGAGGCAAAGCAAUACCACGUGUUCUCUGUGUGCUCUGCAGCAUGUGAAAAUGCACAGAACAGAUGUUGUAUUGAUGCUAGCAAUCCAUUGGAAUACAAUAUUUAAAAACCAGCUGUUUGCUGUUGAAAAAAAAAAAAAAGGAAAAUAACACUGUGGAAAUGCGAUUGCACAGCAUAAAUUUGAACGAAUUUAUCAGUGUAAUUUUUUUGUUCAAGGGCCCAAAGCCUUAAAUUAGUAUUUUGAAUCUGAAAUUAAGAUUUGGCCUUCAUUUGUCUUUGCCAGAAUUUAGUGUGAGACAGUAUUUUUCCUUGUACAGGCUUUAAAAAUACAGUGUUUUGGUUUUACUGGAUUUUUCAGCUGUUUGUGAUGCAAGUGAACACAGUAUCGUUAUUUUGUAAGUGAGGCGAAUAAAUUAUCUUUUAUGCA